AUGGGCAACAAGGCGAAGAGGUCGAAGGUUAAGACCCCUCCGGACGCGGCCGUCAAGCCCGCGUUCCGCAACCCCUUCAUCUCCCCCGAGGGUAAGCCCGCGCCGGUCGCCAAGCCGCCCGAGACUUCCAAGCCGCCGGUCGACGCGCUCUCGCCGUCCACCCCCUCGAUCGGCUCCCCGAGCGGAUCCCCCGAAGACAAGGCUUCCAAGCCCCCCGUCCACGCCGACGACGCGAAGACUCCGCCCGCGGCGACCGCGCUCCACGGCGACCUCGCCGACGACGGCUCGAGCCCCGUGUACGACACGGACUCGCCGGGUUCCGAGCUGAGAUCCCCGGCGCAGAAAGCCAUGGACCGAAGCGCUCUGCGUUCGAACCCGAUGUUCGUCGACGGCGGCGACGACGACGACUCCAUCGACGCGGACACCCUGCCCAUGGAACUCUCGCCGGAGCCCCCAACCCCGGCGCCGCGCGUCGCCCGCGCCGGUUCACAUCCCCCGCUCAAAACGGCCGCUCAAAACGGCGGCAUCGUUACUAAGACGUGCUUCCUCUGCGGCGACGAAUGCGGCGACGGCGAGGCUCCGAGGCAGAAGGAUCGCGCCGGUCGCUACUCGCACGUCGCGUGCGUCCGGCUGAUGCGCAGGGCCGCGGACGCGUGCGCCGCCGCAUCCAAAACGGAGGAGGGCCCCGCCGACCUCCCGGUUGAGGGGUCGUCGGCGGGUGGAGGAGGAGGAGCAUCGAUGGAGGGCGUCGCAUCGAGCGCGUCGUUGAUGGGCGAGCUUCGCGCGGCGCUCGUCGAGACCCAAGGGUUCGCGUCAGCCGUCGACGCCGCCGGCGCGUUUCUCUUCGACACCCCCUCGUCGUCGCCGUCCAAGACGUCAACGUAUUCGCGGGACGGCGUCCUCGGCACCCAGACGGGCGCCCAGACGGGCACUGGUAGGCACCCCGGUGGGCACCCCGGCACCCCCGUGGUGGACGUCGCGUUCCUCGACGCGGUGCGCGGACCUCCGCCGCGACGCACCGGGUCUUCCACGUCCAGACCCGGGACGUACCGCAGGCUCUCUCUCGCCGACGGGUAUAACGGGUCUGGGUCUUACGCUUCGUCGGCGUCCGCGAGGCGCUCGCCCGGCGUCGCCAUGCGAAGCUCCGGGCCCACGGGGUACUCACUCCCGGGCACGCCGCGGAACGACGAGAGCAUCGAGAACGGGGACGGCACGAACGGUCGAGGGAGCACGAAUGCAAAUGCCAAUAAUGCCGAUGCCAAUAACUCGGCGAGUGCGAAUGCCCUGACCCUCGACGCGAGCGCGAGUUACGUCGACGCGUUCAAAAGAGCGGCACUCGGAAGGGACUCGGAGCCCGCGCUCAAGGAGAAGGUGGCCGCGUGCGCGCGAUCCCUGUUCCGGCUGCGAGACAGCUCCGAGCCCCUCCUCGGCGUGUACGGGUGCUGCAAGGGGGAGAACCCGUUGGAGAGCGGGGAGAUGUUCGUAUUCGCGAGGCACGUCUGCUUCCGCCGGACAAAAACCGCGUUGUUCGACCCGGCCGAAUCCAUCGCGCCGACGAAGUUUGCCGUUCCCGCCGCGGCCGUCGUGGACGCCACCCCGAACCCUUCGGUGUACCCCUUCGGCGCGAUUCUCCUCUCCAUCGACGGCGUCGGCGACCCGUGGCUGUUUUCGUUCUUCACCGAGCGCUCAUCCGCGAUUGAGACGAUUAACAAUAUGUUGGAUGCGGCGAUUGACCCGGUGCGAAGGUCGGCGAUGAGGGCCAAGCACGCGGAGGAACGGGAGCGACGUGAGACUUACCGGGAGUGCCCACGGGACGCGUCGCGCGGUUCAAUCGAGAGUUUGGCGGAGUUUGAUAAGGAAAACGCGCCGCCGCGGAACGGCGCGACGAAAACCGCGGCGGAGAUUAUCAGCGAGAGCGUCCUCGAGGCGGCGGCGGUGAAGGCGGCGAAAGACGCGGGUGCCCACUCGGGUGCCGACGCGGGUGCCCACUCGGACGCCGCUCCCUCGCCGACGAGAUCCGUGCUGGACCUCAACGAGAGCACGGACCCGAGGGACAAGUGGCACUGCACUCGCACGAGCGCUGUUAAACGAAUCCUGUACAGCGUCGUCGGCGUCGUCGCGCUCGCGUUCGGGGGCGUGGGCGAGGCGGUGACGCGGGCGCGGGAGGCGCACGCGUUGGCGAAGAGGCGCGACGAUCGGUUCCCGCGAAGAAGACGGAAGGGUGCGGACAAGGGUGCAAAAAACUCGGGCGACGUCAAGGGUACUUACCGGGAGGCGGGCAAGGCGAAGAAGGCUGUCGCGCCGGCUCGCAAACAAAACGGACUCAAGCCCAAGCGGGGUUGGGAGCCGAUCCGUUUGUGACGAGAGACGCGCUUAACGUGAUGACGUGGGUGUCGCGCUUAACGUGAUCUACGAAUCAGUAUCGACAAUUAAAAGGGCACUACGCCACUAAAGAAUUCACACACCAGCCGCCUAUUC